CCAUCGUAUCGUCUAAUCGUUACAACUCCUUGAACAACAUCUAUGCCUGCAGUGGACGUCCUCAUAGUUGGCGCCGGGCCUUCCGGUCUAGUUGCAGCGCUUGCACUAGCGCAGAACGGGAUAUCCGUGCGCAUCAUCGACAAGCUAGCUGAACCUCGCGUCGGCCAGAAAGGUCCCGCCAUACAGCCCCGAACGCUAGAGUUAUACAAGCUCCUCGGCGUGCUCGACGACAUUUUAGAGCGCGCUCGCUUCGCGCAGCCCAUCGUUCACUACAAGCUCCCGGGUGGCACCGAAGUCGCACGCGAAUUCAACAUGUUCCCGUGGACAGACCCGACGCCUGAUUGCCCCUACCCCAACCCCCUCAUGCUCGGCCAGGACCGCCACGAAGAAAUCCUCCGCGCCCAUCUCCAGCGCUACGGCAUCGAAGUCGAGUGGGCUACGGAGCUCGUCGACUUCACGCAGGAUGGCAGCAAGGUGCACGUCCGCAUCUCCAAAGGCGACAUCACAGGCAUUUCGAAAGGCGGCAUCACCGAGGAGCUGGAUGUCAGCUACCUCGUCGGCGCGGACGGUGGGCACAGCAAAGUCCGCAAAACGCUCGGGCUGAACUUUGCGGGGGAAACUCGGGAGCUGGAUAAGAUGCUUGCUGGCGAUAUUGUUGUCAAGCCUCCUGGGCUUGCGCGCGAUAAAUGGCACGCCUGGGGCGAUCCGCAGACCAAGGUCCUUGGUCUGCGUCCUUGCGAAUCCCCGGAUGACGACAAACUCGCUAUCCUCGUUACUGGCAAAGACGUCGACUACGGGAAGACCACCUGGAGCAGCGAAGACUUCGCCAAGCUGUUCCACGAGAUCACUGGUCGAACCGAUGUCCAAUUCGGUGAAACCAUCGGUCUGACUGUCUGGAGGCCCAACAUUCGCAUGAUUGACCAAUUCAGCGUCGGACGGGUCUUCAUCGUAGGAGAUGCGGCGCAUACUCAUAGCCCUACUGGAGGCCAGGGCAUGAAUUCUUCCGUACAGGACGCGGCGAACCUUGCCUGGAAGCUCGCCCUCUUACUCCAGGGUCAUGCAUCCCCCACGCUCCUGGAGUCCUACCCCGCUGAGCGCGUCCCCGUCAUCCGCGAAAUGCUCGAACGCACGACUCGACUCCUCGAUCGCACGAUGCGGCCCGGCGAGGACACCGACGAAGCCUGGCACCGUCGCGGUCCGCUCCACAUGCUCGGAAUCCACUACCGCUGGAGCCACAUCGUCGUGGACGAGCGCCGUAUUCCUCCCUCUGUCGAUGAGCGUCAGAGCGCGUAUGCGGGAAGUGAAGGCUUGUGCGCAGGCGAUCGCGCGCCUGAUGCCCCCGUCGAGGGCGAUGUGGCGCGACUUUUCGACCUGUUCAAGUUCACGCGCCAUACCGCGCUGGUAUUUUCUGCGGACCAGGAUUUCAUUGACAAGGUCAUCGACGCUGUCGACAAGCUUCCCGCAGGCCUGUGCGAUCUGGCCAUCGUGCGUCCCCGGGGAAUCUCGCCGGAGACAUUCGCGAAGUACAAGGCAGCGAAGGUCUUUAUGGACAAGGAUGGCGAAGCGUACAGGGUCUACGAAGUAUCAGACGGUAACCCCACGGUCUUUGUCGUCCGACCUGAUGGAGUCGUCGGCGCUGUCGUCAAGAACGGGGAAGGCGUCGGGAAAUACUUCAGCAAGCUGGUAAAUGUUGUCGGUUGAUGGACAUGGCAUCACCCUCGCAGUAUUUCGCUUGGCAAGUCCUUCACAAUAUCCCGCGAUGCGCGCGGGAGCACACUAUGAAUCGAAAUAUAAAUCACUGCUCUUA